GCUUUAGUCUCAGAGAUGAUCAGCUUCGGCAUAUAUAAGAGGCCUGAGUGGAUCAGACUUACUCAUAACGCCAUCCUGACAUUACCUGCCUCUAGUUUUACUCCAGAUCCUGAGAGAGAGAGAGAGAGAGAGAGAGAGAGAGAGAGAGAGAGAGAGAUGCUCACCAUGCUGGGUCACGGUCGUGUCGGUCACAUGAUGUUGCUCCUCUGCGCUUUUUCUUUGUGGGCUGAAACUGUGAUGUGUGGCUCCAGCUUCCUCAGUCCAACCCAAAAACCACAGAAUCGUGGAGACCGAAAGCCACCUCGGGUGGGACGGAGGACUGCAGCUGAACUCGAGGCUCCUCUUCCUUCCGAGGAGAAGAUCAUGGUGAGCGCACCGUUCCAGCUGGCCGUGUCUCUCAGUGACGCGGAAUACGAGGAUUAUGGUCCUGUGCUACAGAGGAUGUUACUGGAUGUCCUGGGUGAUCCGCCUACUUUGGACGGCGCAAACUAACAGCAUUUGAACUUAAAUGAUUCCUGAUUCAUAACCGCUCAAAUUAUUAAAACAAACUGUGAAAUGUGAAUAAAAUGAAAAUAAAACAACGA